UUGCUUGGUAAAGGAGGUUGCAGUAAAAAUUUUACUAUCAAAUCGUGAUAAUGUCGUAUCGUAUGAGUUUCUGUGAACAACAUCAUGGCUGGUAAUUACAAAAGUUUUAUGAAAUUAUUAGAAUCGUGGCCACUGGAUAAAACCAAAGUGGGCAGCGAUUUGGGACAACACAUUCGUGACCAAUUAAAGAUUGCCUUUGCAAAGGGUGAUGCAGCUAAUCAACCAAAUGUGGAACAGUGUAAUCGAUAUUAUUCAAGUUUGAAAAGAAUUUCAUCAAAUCAUUAUGGGCAACUUUAUAAACGCUCCUUGUUAAGCACUGCGAGUGGAUUGAAUAGAGAGCAGUGUAACUUGGCGCUGACGCCAGAAAUGUUAGAUUAUUUGAAGGAAGAGGAUAAGAAUAUAUUUCGCAGAGUUUAUGGAAAAAUUCGAAAUAUUAUAAGAUAUGAUAAAGUUUAGAUAUUUUGUAGAUAAGUUUAGUAAGAACAGAUGUGUUUUUAACAAAAAUGUUGCAUUACUGUCAAAAAUAGAUUUACUGCGUUUAGUUAAUGCAAGACAAUAUAGCGAUGUCUACCAUGACAAAUAUUUGCCUAUUAUGGCACAGGAAGUAUUAACAUAUAUGGACUUAUCACCAGGCAGGACAUACGUAGAUAUGACAUUUGGUGCUGGUGGGCAUACCACUAAAUUUUUAGAACAUUUACCUGAUAUAAAAAUAUUUGCAUUAGACAGAGAUCCUGUAGCAUAUAAAUAUGCGCAAGAGUUAUCGCAGAAAUAUCCAGGGAAAGUAAUUCCUUUGUUAGGUAGAUUUUCCGAAUUACCACAGUUACUUAAACAGUAUAAUAUUGAAAGAAAUAGUAUAGAUGGCUUUUUGUUUGACUUUGGUUGUUCAUCAAUGCAAGUUGAAGAUGCGAAUAGAGGUUUUUCUUUGUUGAAGAACGGACCGUUAGAUAUGAGAAUGAACAGGUGUUUGAAACAACCUACUGCUGCGGAUGUGUUAGAUAGAGCGACAGAGGAGGAUUUGGCUCGCAUCAUAAAAUUUUAUGGGCAAGAAAAGCAUGCUAAGAAAAUUGCGCGUGCCAUUAUUGAAGCUAGAUAUAUGUUUAGGAAAUUAGAAACAACACAGGAACUGGUUCAGUUGAUUCAAUCUGUUCUAGAUGAUGAAAUUAAGAUAGACAGUCUCGACAGAUAUCCGCAUAGUGCCGUAAAAACAUUUCAAGCGCUUAGAAUUUUUGUCAAUAAUGAAUUAAAUGAAAUCAAUUAUGGUAUACUUCUUGCGAAUAUAUACUUAAAAUUAUCCGGUCGUUUAAUAACUAUCUCUUUUAACUCACUCGAAGAUACUAUAGUCAAAAGACAUCUCUGUGGAAAUAUAACAGAUAAUGUCGCUAAUACUGUUGCAUUAAAGUAUGCGCAUUAUGGUAAAGUGUUUAAUACAGGUGAAUUUGAAAUAUUGACAGAGACACCAUGGAAAAUGAUGCAUAAAAAUGUUCUAACAUCUACAAAUGAGGAAAUUAAAAUAAAUCCGAGAUCGCGAUCGGCGAAAUUGCGUGCUAUUAUGAAAGUGAAAUAAAUCUGUUUUAUGUAUUAAAA